AAAGGAACACAGAUGCUCAAAGAAAUUUUGAAGAUAGAUGCUUCUGCUACUCCAGAAGGAAAGACUAAUGAAAUUUCACCUUCCACUUGUAAACAGGACUCUUUUGAAACUGCAUCACAAUGUAAACACCCCCAAAAGAUAGUGGAGUUCACGAAUAAAUCUAAUAUUGGAGGGUCACAGAACAUUCAAGCCAUGGGAAAAGGAAGCCAUCCUCCACUUGGAACACCAAAUACAGUAUCUACUGCUGUGUCUGAACUUUCUCGUAUCUGUUCCCUUGUUGGAAUGUUGCAACCAGAUUUCUCAUUCCUUAGAACCCCACAGACAAUGACAGUUUGUCAGGUGAAGUUAUCCAAUGGCUUAUUAGUGCAUGGACCUCAGUGCCAUUCUCAAAAUGAGGCCAAGGAGAAAGCAGCAAUUUUUGCUUUACAACAGUUGAGCACUGUUGGGAUGAAUUUUCCCCUGCCACCACAGCAACCAUUGCCACCCCCACCAAUAUUUGCAAAUUAUCAGCCACUGGGAAAUCUUAUGGCACCUAGAGCUAUCCCUCCAGUUUUCAGUCAACAGCAGACUGCUAAUAUAUUUCCUUCAUCAUUUCCUGCCUUUGGUUCAGUUCAGUGGGGACCACCAAUGCCAGUUCACAACAAAUCUUAUUACACUGGUCCAUAUCCUGGACAUGCAUAUCCUGCAACUAUACCAGUUGGUACACAUAACCAAUUUAUACCUUUGCAGGUAACUAAAAAAACAGCUGCAAACAAAAUAAAUUUUGAGUCUAAGGAGUUCCAAGCUUCUCUUCAGGAUGCAGAGUUAAAAAACGAUCAGUUAAUAUCUGACACCACAAAACUGAAUUCUCCAGAUACUUCUUCAGAUCCUUUAAGACCCUCUCAGACUGUUCCGUCUGCAGCAUCUUUUCAAGAAAAAGCAUCUCCAAAUUCAAGGGUAUCUCAUAAAAAGUCAACACAAAAUGUUUCCACCAAACGAAAACCCAGAAAAUUGGCUGUCAAUUUUGGUGCAUCGAAAUCUUUAGAAUAAGUAUGGUACACAGAAUGCUUACCUUUCUAUUGUAUUAUACGAAUAAAUACAAUUUUAAAUUUUAAUUCUAAUCCAAAUUAUGCUUUUAAUUAGUAUUUUUCUGCCAGUCACAUUAUUUUAAUACUAAUUAUGCUCAUUAAAAAACUUUAUUUAGUUGAUAAAAUCCAGAAACUUUUAAAUUAAGUGGUUACACUAGCCGUCUUGCCUAAAUAUUUUUAAAAAUGGAUUUUAAACAUUAACACAAGAGAGUAGCAAUAAUAUUGAUACUGCUAGAAUUGCUUUUUUAAAACUGGAAGUGAGUCUGAAAGAAUUAUUCCUGAUGAUUUGUCUCAUUUUUAAAGAUGACAUAACUUCUACAAACUAUUUAUAUGUAACCAUUAUUUUAUUUCUAUAUUUCAGAUUCUUUUAAUUGAUACAGCAUGAAUAGAUUUUAACUAUUGUGGCACUGCCAACUUUACAUAAAAUUAUAUCUAGGAAUUAUACCAAAGCAAUUUAAGAACUUAAACAUAUCCUAAAAUUAUUGUACAGGUAGUCUUGAACAUACGACAAUUAGGACCAGAAUUUCUGUCACUAAGUGAUGUGCUCAUAAAGUAAGAUGUUAUUGAUUACAUUGCCUAAUGACUGCAAUCCCAGUAGUCCUCGUUCUGUCAUUAACUAAGAAUUGUGAAUCAUUAAGCGAGUACCCAUCCUAAUCCAAACCAUCCCAGGCUUUGUCCCUUCCAGCCAAAGUCUCACUAAGGUAAGGGACUGCCUCCAGUUCCCCCCUCCUAUCUAUCUCACACCCAAUCCCUGCCCUUUGACUGCCCUGCACUCUGCCUUGUGGAGCAGCAAGCAACCCCCACAACAGCAUGACUGUGAGGCUGUGUGACACGCCAUGAGAAGCUCAGCCCAGUCCUAAUUAACCUUACCACCCUGCACUAGGAGAUCCCUGCCACACUGUCCUCUGCAACCCCUCUUCUCUCCCCCCCCCCACCCGGCCUUCACCCUUUCCUUGCUCCCACUGCCAACAAGGUAUGCCUAAUCUGGCUGCUUGGCUAGGCAGCACUUCUGUUGGGGGGGAGAGGAGUUCAAGGCAAUCCCUUUACAAAAAGCUUCUCAGCAAAGCUGAGCUUUAUGUUCCCAUCAUAAAAAAACUAAAAGCGGUCCCAAAGAGGGAAAUUAAUCCUCCAAUUAAUUUCAACCCUAUGGAGGACCUUUCCACUGAUACUGAUGGGGAUGCCUCCCCCCCCCCCAGCUUCUCCUUUGGACCCUGAGGAGGGGAUUGGAUUUCAGGGGGAAUCAGAUUCUGAUGGGGAUAGCAGCAUCACCCCCGAUAUUGAUGUGGGUUCCCCUGCUCCCAGGACUGUCACCAUUAAUCCUGACGAUAUGGCUGACAUCAUUGCAGCAGCCAUUGAGCACGGCAUCACUGCAUGCCUUCAGCAUUGUUCUCCUGUCACUGCCACUGCCACUCCUCCUUGCACCUUUUCCAGCAGACCUAAGAAGGGUCGUUUCACCCAGGCAUAGGUUGUAAGUCUCUUGAUUCAGCGCCAUCAUAUCUUUAAACAGUCAUGAAUGGUUGUCAAUGGUUUAGUUAAAUGUCUUUUACUAAAUGGCACCAUGUUCCAGCAAAUAAGGUACACAUUUAUUGAUCUGGUUAUCCUGAACGCAAAAAUUAUCUCUGCACGUUGCUCAAUAAUCCCACACACUUGGAUGUGGCAUACAACAUGAGCUUUGAACCUAUCCUUAUUUAUGAAUAUGAACUAUUUAAAAUUUGGAACAGUUGUUUUUUUAUAGGAUAAAAAUUCAUAUGAUUUCCUAAAAAGAAAUAAUUGAGAGUCUUAACUCAUUCUUGGAUACACCACAAGUCUUUUUAUUUUUGUUUCAUUGUUCACCUUCAGUGUCUUUUGGGAGAAAUAAAACAUGAAUCAGCAGGAUACUGUUUUAUUACUAACUUUUGAAACAUUCAGAAUGUUGUUUUUGUUUUUUUUACUGGAAGCAGCAGUAGCAUUAUAUGAAUUAGUGUGAUCACUUUCAAAUAACACAUUUUUCAUGCUGGAGUAAUUUCACUCUAGGAAAAUACCCAAAUAAUGCUGUCAAUAUAUUAUCUCCACAUACAAGCAUCCAAGCCGAGUCCAUGUUGAUUCAAGACAAAAAACAUCUUUUUAACAUGAAAUUUAACAAUUUCAUGCAAAAUUAGUACAUUGUUACAUCACAGCAUGGGAAGUGGCCAUACUUGCCACUUUCAAUUUGAACAAACAGUACUUUACUUAUACUUUGCCUUGAAUUAUGUUAACAGAGAAUUCUUAUUUAAUGCUGGCAUUUGUUUUAAAUCCACAGCCUGUUAUUUUUCUCAGUUUAAGUAAAUUAUGCUAUCUGUUAAUUUGGGUUUUGGUAAUAGGUAUGGUCUGGUUACAGAUUUCCAUGGAUGACAACCACUUUUUGCCAGUGUGACUGAAGGCUAAAUUUCUUUUUGUUUACAUGUUUAGGAAUAUAAACAUCCAUUCUCUAGGCCCUGGAAUGUUUUUUUUUCUGUGUCAAACUGUAAAUUGUGUGUUAGCCACUAAAGAAAAAGUUGACUUAGAACCAGCAAACAUAUGCAUUUUUCCUAUUCGAUUUAUAUUUGUUUUUUAAUCCAAAUUGCCACUUACUUUCAAUGAUUUCAUUCAUAUCUGUACACAACAUCUGUUCUGUUUUUAUUUUUCUUAUGAAUCAGCCAGAUCAGUAUUAGUUUCCAUAUAAGGUACCCUGGGGGUUUUUUUAUGUUAUAAGACAUAAAUAAUUGGCUUAAGGCCUCUCAGAGUGUAUUUUAUAAAUGCUGGAUUUUUUCACAAAUCUUGUACAAAGCAGUAUUUUAUUAAAAUCUCAAAGGGAAAAUGUGCAGAUUUUAUAAUUUCUUUUUUAGAAAAUGCUUUGUUUACAUAACAAGUGAGACGUGAUAAACUGGCAUGAAUAUCAAGUGUAUUUUUGUGUAUAGUGAGUGUAUGUCAGAAUUCUAUCAUAUCAUAUAAAAUACUGUGCAAAGGUAUUUUAAAAUGCAAAUUUACAAUGUACAAUGAAGGAUUAACAUGUAUGGUUGAAAUACCAUGGAGAAAUUUAAUACAAUAAUUUUAUAUAAGA